AUGUCGUGCCAUAGCGCGCGCACCCGCUCCGUGCGCGUCAUCAACUACUACGUGAAUACCGCCAGCCAACGACACGCAGCCAUAGCGCGCGUGCACGCCGUGGGGCCGCGCGCGCGCACCCGCCCAGCGCACGUGCGCGUCAUCGACUACUAUGCGCCCACCGCCAACGAUACUCAGAUGUACACCAUCCCAGAAGACUGCCCCGCCCGCAUCACCCACGAAUCACCGGAGUACCACUCUUCCGACAAUCUCUUCACUAAAGCCAAGUCCCUCAACCACAGCGGCGAACUUGUCAUCACCCACGAGUUCUCCUUCGAGGACAUUCCCGAAGGCAUACCCUUGGAAGACCCGAUCUAUGACACUCUGAAUAGAGACGAAAUCGCCUAUUUGAGCAAGUUCAACGAAGUUACGCCAAGAAAGAACACCGAAUAUGAUGAAAACAGCAUUAAUACCAUUCCAGAAGAUAUUUUUACAACUGAAAUGAACUCAAAAAUGAAUGAACAAAUUAACAAUGAACAAACUGAGACACUCAAAAUAACAUUCAGUGAUGCUGCAGAAGAACCAACUCAUGACUCAACAAGAAAAGGCAAAAGUUACAGCCAAGCCAAUUUCAGAAAUACGGAAAACAGUAACUAUUUUGCCCGAAAUUCAAAUCAAGCGUAUAGUCCAAGUUUGGCCAAAUUUGAUGAUGAUCAAGAGAAAUUUGAUGAUCCUGAAGUGGCGUAUAAAGAUUAUUCUGAUACAGUAACUCGCACUUUUACACUAAAUUAUAAUAAUUACUAUGAUAAUUACAUUAAAAAACACAAUAUUACGCCUGAGCCACGUAUAGCUAGUACAAGGGAUGUACAAUACAAUGAUUCUAAUGCAAAUUGGUUAAUCAAAGAAAAAGAAGAUCUUAGUAACUCAAACACUACAGUUACUAAAGCAAUGUCUGAAGCACUAACAGAAUUAUCUAGUCCAAAAUAUGAGGAAAACGUUUCUCUAAAUUUAGCACCGACAAUUCAAGAACACCAAACGUCGACUCCGAUUGAAGAACUGACGAAUCCAAAUGCUGAAACUCCGAAAGAAGCGUCACUUGGUGAAGUAAUGAACCCUAAUUUAGCAAGUUUUCACAUCAUCGAUAGUGAAAAGGAUCUUGAAGUUCCAACGGGAAUAGAGGGACCGGUACCCGCUGUGGUGCUGCCUCCACAGAACUUUGUGGCGGUGCCGCCUCCACCAGGUUUCCAGCCGCAGUUUGUAAUCGGAGGGUACCCGCGAGGCCUACCCUCUCCCAGCGCCUACUACCUACCCCCGUUCCGACGUGACGCGACCUACGUCCGUUACCCCUACUAUUACGGGAGGAACAGCCCUCCUGCUGGUUGAUUACUUUAGAUUUUAGAAUAUAAAUAGUGUCUAGAUAUAUAUAUCAAAGCAGCGCGGAAACUAGGCCGGUCUUUUAUAUGCCUAAUGUAAGCUUUUAGCUGCGCCCUUGUCUUCUGUUAGUCAGGUCUUUUUAGAUACCGCUCUCAUCGCCCUUGUUACAGCACUGUAAAAAAAUCGAUGUCUGCGUCCUCGAUGGAAACAUUAGUGUGUGACUUUUAGAAUAGUUUUACGGAUCCGGUCGAUUAAAAGAUAUUGAUGAAACAAAAAACAUAGCGUGUCAAUUGGAUCUUUUUUAUGGGACAGGAGUCAAACGAGCAAACGUAACGGAAGCAGUCCCAGGGGAGUUACAGGACCUCAUAAAAUAUGCGACUUAACGUUAAAUUGUAUUUUCAGUAAGUAAGUAAGUAGGUAUGCUUUAUUUUAACUUGACUUAUCUCUAGUGAGAUCUCAUUAGUCACAAACAAUUCAAAUUCUUUAUUAGCAUGGUAGGUUGUAGGUAGACCCCUUUCAAGGAACUUGCAAGUCACAACAUUAGGGUUUCGUCAGGGGCAUCAUCAUCAUCAUUCAUCAUCAUCAUCAUUUCAGCCAUAGGACGUCCACUGCUGAACAUAGGCCUCUCCCAAUGCUUUUCUCCCAUGUUGAUCGAUUGGUAGCGGCCUGCGUCCAGCGCUUCCCUGCUGCCUUUACGAUGUCGUCGGUCCACCUUGUAGGUGGACGUCCCACGCUGCGUUUUCCGGUACGCGGCCUCCAUUCCAGAACCUUUCUGCCCCAUCGGCCGUCAGUUCUGCGUACUAUGUGCCCUGCCCAUUGGGCAUGUCAUCAGGGGCAUGGUGGUGGGUCUGAAUGAAGUGGCUUGGCCAUACCACCACUUCGGGACAACUUGUCGGCUGGUGCUGAGAACUCGUCGAUUUCUUCACUCUUCAAGGAAUCUGCCUUUUCCCGACAGCGUGCGUGAUUUCCAAUCCCAGUACACCCAGACGCAAGCAACGAGUUAUGUCACGACCGGGUAUUGAUCCCGGGACCCAUUGACUAUGACUACAUUUGGGUGAUGCUUCUUGUUUUAGACACGUCAUACUAUUUUUGUUUCAAGUCACUUGUUUGAUUCUGUCGAGGAUGCUGUGUUGGAGAUAAAAAUACAACUUUACCUAUUUCAAUAGGUAGAUUUAGGGACCAAUUUAUUGAAAUCUUUCUUAUUAGAACAUAAGCUAAAUAAUUAGUAACGUAUUUUUAUGUAGGUAUUAAAGAAUGAUGUUAUUUAUUGUAAGUAAAAUAAUAAGGUUAGUGCUGUUUAGUCGUAAUUAAGUACUACUCGCAUUGUUAAUGUUAACUUAAUUAGAUCUAUAAAAUGUUAAGUAAGUAUUUAUUUCGUACGCGUGCCGUAACUCCGUAAGUAGGUAAUUAUGAUAUCACUAUUAUGUCAUACUGCCGCAUUGUUUAGGCUGUGAAUAUACUCAUUUAGACGUCUUUA